AUGAAAAUUUCAACCUCAACUGGUUUAGCUAUCAUAGCCACUGCAUCAGCAACUUUAAUUGAACAACAACAUCAAGAAUCAUCAAAUAUAGUUGCAAGACAAGAAGGAGUAUCUGCAAUUAUCAACACCUUACCAAAAUUUCAAAAAAGAGAUGGAGAACCAGAUUUACAAGCAUUAGUUGAUCAUAUAAACAACUACAAGACAAAAAGAGAUGCAAUUGAUUUAGAAAUUAUAAAAAGAGAUUAUGAAAUUGUAACUGAUGUUUUAACUGCAAUAAAUCAAACUCAAUUAGCUCCAAAAAUUUUAGAUUAUUUUGUUUCUUCUCCAACUUUUAAACCAAUUAUAAUAAAUGUUUUAAUUUCAGUUAUGCAAAGUGGUAUAAUUUCUUUACAAGCUGUUUUAGAUGCUUUAGUUUCAUCAAAUUUAGCAGUUAAUUUAAUUAAUGAUUUAAUUAGUGAUUGUGAUUUAUAUGUUGAAUUAUUUAAUAUUGCAAAAGAAGUUAUUUCAGAUUUAGCAAAUAAUGUUAAAGAUUUAAUUGAUCAAGGUGUAUCAUCAUUAAUUACAAGAGAUGAAUUUGAUGAUUCUUUACAAUCUUAUAUUAUAAAUGAAAAAAGAUUAGAUAUUAAUUUUGAUACAGUUGUUGAUAAUCUUUUAGAUUCUUUAUAUAAAUCUGGUUUAGCAACAUCAGUUGUAAAAGAUGUUUUAACAAAUUCAAAUUAUUUAUCAUUUGCAGUUGAUUUAAUUAAAGCAAUGUUAGCAAAUAAUUUAAUUGAUAUAAGAUCAAUUAUUACUGCUUUAACUCAAUCAGGAUUAAUUUCUCAAUUAUUUAGAGAAUUAUUAAAUUUUAAUACUUUAUCAACUGUUGCUGAAACUGCUUUUGCUGCAUUUGCUGGUCAAUGUUCAGGUGGUACUACUCCAACUACUGGUGGUACUACUAUUCCAACUACUGCUGCUGGUUCUAUUACUUCACAAACUGUUGCUGCUGGUGCAGGUUCAGGUUCUGGUUCUAACCCUGGUCCUUGUAAAAAAAGAAGAAGAGUUAGAAGAAGAAGAUCAAAUUAUUAA